AUGUCAGGUACACUCUUGUUCUACCUGCUAGGAGUUGGGCUGCUGCUGAGCCAGCUCCCCAGAGAACUUGCAGCCGAGCACGUUGUGAAGCUAUGUGGCCGAGAACUAAUUCGUCACAGGAUUGAACUCUGUGGCCGUCCCCGAUGGCACAGGCGUCCCAGAGAUACAUCCUACAGCAACACAAAUACAGAAAAUUUAAAUAUGAUGUUGGCAUCGACUCCUAGUUUUCAAGAGGAGGUGAUGACAAACGAAGAACUUCGGAAGAUGAUCCAGAAGAGUCCAGAGGAAGCAGACGGCAGUUCUCCAGAAUUAAAAAGCUUAAUUAAACUUUCCCGAAAGAAGAGAAACAGCAUUAUGCAUUUGUCAAACAAGUGUUGUUACCAAGGCUGUACUAGACAAGAACUGACGGUAAUAUGCUGA